AUGACUGAGUCCAAUGGACACGCCAAUGGUGCUAACGGCGACCACCCCGGCUUCACUGGCAUCGAGACCCGCCAGAACCCUCACCCUUCCGCCUCCCGCAACCCUUACGGCCACAAUGUGGGCGUGACCGAUUUCCUGAGCAAUGUCUCCCGCUUUAAGAUUAUUGAGAGCACUCUGCGUGAGGGCGAGCAGUUCGCCAACGCCUUCUUUGAUACUGAGAAGAAGAUCGAGAUCGCCAAGGCCCUCGAUGACUUCGGUGUUGACUACAUUGAACUGACUAGCCCCUGCGCUUCCGAGCAGUCUCGUGCUGACUGUGAGGCUAUCUGCAAGCUUGGACUGAAGGCUAAGAUUCUUACUCACAUUCGUUGCCACAUGGACGAUGCCCGCAUUGCUGUUGAGACUGGUGUUGAUGGAGUUGAUGUCGUUAUUGGCACCUCCUCAUACCUCCGUGAGCACUCCCACGGCAAGGAUAUGACCUACAUCAAGAACACUGCCAUUGAAGUCAUCGAGUUCGUCAAGUCCAAGGGCAUUGAGGUCCGUUUCUCAUCUGAGGAUUCCUUCCGCUCAGACCUUGUUGACCUGCUCUCUAUCUACUCGGCUGUUGACAAGGUCGGCGUGAACCGUGUUGGUAUUGCCGACACUGUCGGUUGUGCUUCACCUCGCCAGGUCUAUGAGCUCGUUCGCGUGCUGCGUGGUGUUGUCGGCUGUGAUAUCGAGACUCACUUCCACGACGAUACUGGCUGCGCCAUUGCCAACGCCUACUGUGCCCUUGAGGCUGGUGCCACUCACAUUGAUACCUCAGUUUUGGGUAUUGGUGAGCGUAACGGUAUCACCCCUCUCGGUGGCCUGAUGGCCCGUAUGAUGGUUGCCGACCGCGACUACGUUAAGAGCAAGUAUAAGCUUGAGAAGCUCAAGGAUAUUGAAGAUCUUGUCGCCGAGGCCGUCGAGGUUAACAUUCCCUUCAACAACUACAUCACAGGUUUCUGUGCUUUCACCCACAAGGCCGGUAUCCACGCCAAGGCUAUCCUCAACAACCCCAGCACAUACGAGAUCAUCAACCCGGCUGAUUUCGGCAUGACCCGCUACGUGCACUUCGCCUCACGUCUGACUGGCUGGAACGCUAUCAAGUCUCGUGCCCAGCAGCUCAAGCUUGAGAUGACCGAUGCCGAAUACAAGGAGUGCACUGCUAAGGUCAAGGCUUUGGCUGAUAUUCGUCCUAUCGCCGUUGAUGACGCUGACAGCAUCAUCCGUGCCUACCACCGCAACCUCAAGCUUGGUGAGAACAAGCCCUUGAUGGACCUGACUGCUGAGGAGCAGAUCCAGUUCGCUGCCAAGGAGAAGGAGUUGGCCGAGGCCGCCGCCGCCGGCGUUGCCAUUUAA